AUGCCCGAUGGAAGGGGGGCUGUGGCCGCGGGUCGUGUCGUGUCGUGUCCUAUCGUGUCGUGUCCUAUCGUGUCGUGUCCUAUCGUGUCGUGUCGCAUCGUGUCGCCACCCCCGGCGGCUCCGGGGCCACCCGCCCCUCCCCGCCACCUGCGCUGCUGCUGCGGGCGGUGCCGGGGCGGGGGCCCCAUCGAGCCGCCCUUAAAUGCCGGCCGCCCCCGGUGCCUUCCCUCUGUCCCGUCCCGUCUGUCCGUCUGUCUGUCCGUCCAUCUGUCCGUCCAUCUGUCCGUCCGUCGGUCGCCCCGCGGCCGCCAGCAGCGCGCCGGCCCCAUGGCUGCAACAAGUAAGGACACAAAAAAGUCAAACUGCUUUGGCUACCCCUUCAGCAUCUUCUUCAUCGUCAUCAAUGAGUUCUGCGAGCGGUUCUCCUACUAUGGCAUGCGAGCUGUGCUCGUUCUGUAUUUCAAAUACUUCCUGCGCUGGGAUGACAACUUUUCCACAGCCAUCUACCACACAUUCGUUGCUCUGUGCUACUUGACGCCGAUCCUGGGAGCACUCAUAGCAGACUCCUGGCUGGGAAAGUUUAAGACCAUUGUCUCCUUGUCCAUUGUCUACACGGUUGGGCAGGCAGUCAUGGCUGUAAGCUCCAUCAAUGACCUGACAGACCACAACACAGACGGCACUCCGGAUAGCAUUGCGACGCACGUUGCCCUGUCUAUGACUGGCUUGAUUCUCAUUGCACUGGGCACUGGUGGCAUCAAGCCUUGUGUGUCAGCGUUUGGUGGAGAUCAGUUUGAAGAUCAUCAGGAAAAACAAAGAAGUAGAUUCUUCUCUAUUUUCUAUUUGGCCAUUAAUGCUGGAAGUCUCUUAUCCACUGUAAUCACACCAAUUCUCAGAGCUCAACAAUGUGGCAUUCACAGCAAACAGCAAUGCUACCCACUGGCAUUUGGAGUUCCUGCUGCCCUCAUGGCUGUUUCUUUGAUUGUGUUCAUGAUUGGAAGCGGAAUGUACAAAAAGGUUCAACCUCAAGGCAAUAUAAUGGUUCAAGUUUGCAAAUGCAUUGGAUUUGCCAUCAAAAACAGGUUCCGGCAUCGCAGCAAGGAGUAUCCCAAGAGAGAGCACUGGCUAGACUGGGCGAGCGAGAAGUACAGUAACCGACUGAUUACUCAGACUAAGAUGGUGUUGAAGGUGCUGUUCCUUUACAUCCCUCUCCCCAUGUUCUGGGCGCUUUUCGACCAGCAGGGGUCAAGAUGGACACUGCAAGCCACCACGAUGGAUGGGAACUUUGGAGCUAUUCAGAUUCAGCCAGACCAAAUGCAGACUGUCAAUCCGAUCCUGAUUGUUAUAAUGGUGCCAGUUGUCGAUGCUGUGAUUUAUCCUUUAAUCAGGAAAUGCAAGAUAAAUUUUACGCCUCUGAGGAAGAUCACUGUUGGCAUGUUCCUUGCUGGACUGGCUUUCAUUGCUGCUGCCCUUGUGCAACUGCAAAUAGAUAAAACUCUUCCAGUUUUCCCUGCAGCUGGGCAGUCCCAAAUCAAAAUAAUAAAUCUAGGUGCUGAUAAUGCAAGAGUAACAUUUGUACCUGAGAAUUUGAAUGUGAGCGUAGAACCUCUGCAGGGGACGGACUACAGGACGUUUGAGAUUUCCCAGUUACAAUCUGUAGUGGUAGCCUCUGGAAGUAACAGUGCAAUACUAAAUGCCACCAGUGCAAGUGGAAACCGUCACACUCUCACAGUUAAAAAUACGAUGUCGGGCAUUGCCACUCAGUGGCUGCUUGACAAUGUCACAUCAAAACCAGAAGAAGGAAAGAAUCUUAUCAGAUUCAUAAACAAUUUGCCUUGGACAGUCAAUGUCACUAUGGGUGAUGUGGAUUUUGGAGAACUGAUACCUCUCUCUGCCAGUAAUUACGGUGUAUUUUCAGGAGGCAGAACAGAUAAGAUUGUGGUUUCUACAAAUGUAACUAACUGUACAGGUACUUCAAACUCACUUGGAUUUGGCGGUGCAUAUACAAUUAUAAUUAAUGAGUGUUCUGGAAAUGUUGCUGCAUUAAACUACAGUCAAGAUAUUCCACCCAAUACAGUUCAUAUGGCUUGGCAGAUCCCUCAGUAUUUUAUUCUAACAUGUGGAGAAGUAGUCUUCUCUGUAACUGGGCUGGAGUUUUCAUACUCACAGGCCCCGUCUAACAUGAAGUCAGUGCUGCAGGCCGGAUGGCUGCUGACAGUGGCUGUCGGUAACAUAAUUGUCCUUAUCGUGGCUGGAGCAUCCAAACUCAGUCAGCAGUGGGCAGAGUAUGUGUUGUUUGCUGCCUUGCUGUUUGCAGUUUGCAUUAUUUUUUCUGUCAUGGCUUAUUUUUAUACCUAUAUUGAUCCAAAUGAGAUUGAAGCCCAACUCGAUGAAGAAGAAAAACAAGUCAAAAAGGAUCCAGACUUCCAUGAAAAGGAAGUUGAAGCUGUCUCUCAGAUGUAG